AUGCGUUACACAAGCGACCAUGCCGAUUGCUUAGGCGAGCGCAAUCCACCGGAAGAUACUCAUCUCAUCGAUGUGGGGGAAGCGGUGGCAGAUGCGCAAAUUGUCCGCUGGUGGUCUGCGAUACUCGCAAAACGCGAAGGGUGGAAAGCGAUAGUGAAGGAUGAUUCUGAUGGUAAAUUUGUCGCCCCUUGGGCAGUAUAUCGCACUUGUGAAACAUCUUUCAUCAUCAAACAAAAGAGAGCCUCGAUACCUUCCGUGCAAACGCCUUUAUCCUCGGAUGACGCGUUCCAUGCUCUUCUUGAGUUUUCGCGUUUACAUAGUCUAGGAAGUCAGUUCCCUAUCGCUCUUAUGAUAGCCAUAUCCUUCCCAAUAUAUCGAUAUUAUGGCACGGAUGUCAAACUACCGCCCCCAAGUACCCAUGGCGCUAAAACCCCAGCUACUACCCUAGAUGAUGCUUCACCGAUAGGGACAAAUUUGAAAGAAGAGCUGCCUUACUAUAUGACUCUAAGUUGCAGCCCGGAGGUGAUGAUAUUAACGCUCUGUGGAUCAUUCUGGCAACAAGACGUUCCUUGCAAUAUGGCCAGUCAAUGGCUACAUCCGGUUUUUGAAGAAGUCUUAGACAAUACCACAGAACACAAGAGUCAAGAAUUGAUUGCUUUGCUGGGUGCCAUCCGCCGGCCAAGUGUGAGUGCGCUUUGGGUUGGAGCGGUGGUGGGCGGUAUAGGCCCCACACUUCUUCAAAAAGUAAGAAGAGGCAAGCCACCUCUUGACUCAGUUGCUUUUCCUUGGACUGGCGCCCGUCAAAGCUUUAUGGAUGACGCAGGUUCUGGUCCAUAUGCUUACGGAGAUCCUGAAUACAUCUCAAGACCUGACGUGUGGCGCUUACUACACCUCUCCCCUAUCGAAGAAGACGAUUUGAGCUACAAUUAUAGACCCAUGACACCUUGGGAACCUUGUGGGGCGUCUUUAACAACAAAUUGUGCACUUCGCGUUACUUCACAUUUGAAGUGCUCUCGGCAUGAAUACCAUUACGACCAUUGGAACUGGGAAGUAAAGAAUGGCGAGACUAUACAGGAUUACGGGUUUUUAGGAAGAUAUCCAUCCCCUUUGACUGAAGUGGUUCUAAGCAAAAAAGAAACCGACAAAAACGGCUCCGAUGAAAUAGCUAGGGUGCGCAAACCACUGAGCCUGAGCCCAGACUGA